UGCAAACAUCAUAUGAUGACACUCCUCUUCUGCUUCUUCCUCUUUAUUAGCUUCAUCACUCCACACACUUUUUCCACACCAGAUACAAUAACUGCUAAACUAUCAACUUGUGUAAUUAAGAAACCACGCACAUCAUGCAAGUCCUCUGCUUCUUCCUCUUUUGCUUCAUGGCAUUGGCGCCACACACUUUCUCAGCAGAUACCUUAACCGCAACACAAACUCUCGCAACCAACCAGACCCUCCAAUCAUCUAACGCUGUUUUCAUCCUUGGAUUCUUCCCCAGCAGCACCAAUCCCACUUCGUACUACCUGGGCAUAUGGUACAAGGACUUGGGUGAUAGAACAGUGGUUUGGGUGGCAAACAGAGACAACCCAGUUAUUGACAACAACUCCACAGGAUUAAUAUCUCUCAAGAUCAACUCAGAAAAUGGAAACAUAGCUCUUGUUAACUCAUCUGCAGGGAACCCUGUAUGGUCCUCCACCAAUCAAACCAAAGCUAGCAACCCAGUUCUUCAGCUUUUGGACACUGGCAAUUUAGUUAUUAGAGAAGAAGCUUCCCAUGCUAGUAAUAAUUAUCUAUGGCAGAGCUUUGAUCACCCAACGGAUACGUUGUUACCGGAUAUGUACAUGGGUUGGAACCUAGACAAGGGCACGGAGGAUCACCUAACAUCAUGGAGGGACACAGAUAAAGAUCCUUCAACCGGCGAUUGCACGUUGAAGAUACGUCCUCAAGGACUCCCAGAAGGUUACCUGCGGAUAAACCAGACCAAAAUAUAUAGAAGUGGGCCUUGGAAUGGUGACAGAUUCAGCGGGGUGCCGGAGAUGAAGCAUAAUACGAAUUCUAUUGUGUUCAACUUCUCCGCACAACAACAUGGGGUGUACUACUCGUUCCAUAUUGGCAACCGAUCCAUUUUCUCAAGGCUUAUAGUCACCUCUAGUGGUGAACUUCAGCGCCUCACAUGGGUUCCUAGCAGCCAGAGUUGGAACAAGUUCUGGUAUGCACCGAAAGAUGAGUGUGACCAUUACAGAACGUGUGGUCCUUAUGGUAUCUGCGAUGCUGAUGCUUCACCGAUAUGCAAGUGUGUGAGCGGGUUCAGCCCCAAGAAUCAGCAGGCUUGGAAUUUGAGACAAGGGUCUGGUGGGUGUGUGAGGAACAACAAUUUGGACUGCAGGAGUGAUAAAUUUUUGACUGUUAAGGUCAAGUUGCCUGACACAACCAUGGUAUAUAUGAACAGGAGUAUGAACCUUGUGGAAUGUAAAGAUUUGUGCAGAAGGAACUGUUCUUGCACUGCUUAUGCCAACAUUGAGACCGCCAAUGGAGGGACUGGUUGUGUCAUGUGGAUUGGUGAGCUCAUUGACAUGAGGCAGUACGCUGCUGGUGGUCAAGAUCUCUAUGUCAGAUUAGCAGCUUCAGAUGUUGAUGACUCUCACAAGAAAAAUAACAGUGCUAGGAUUGCAGGAACUACAGUUUGUGCAGUUGCUGUAAUUUUAGGAUUAUUGGGUUUCAUUUUAUUUAGGAAGAGGAAAUUGCUAAGUAGAUUCAAUGGGAAGACAAACUCCAAAGGUUCUCUCCAAAGAAAUCGGGAUUUGCUAAUGAAUGAGGUGAUAUUUCCAACUAAUAGAGAUAGAGAAAACUCAGGAGAAAGUAACAUGGAUGAACUAGAUUUGCCAUUAUUUGAUUUUAAUACCAUAACAAUGGCUACAAACAAUUUCUCUGAAGCAAAUAAACUUGGGGAAGGAGGAUUUGGUAUUGUCUACAUGGGCAGGUUAGUGGAAGGCCAAGAAAUUGCUGUCAAGAGGUUGUCUAAGAACUCUGGGCAAGGAACUGAAGAGUUUAAGAAUGAAGUGAAGUUAAUUAUCAAGCUUCAACAUCGAAAUCUUGUGCGGCUAUUUGGUUGCUGCAUUGAGAUGAAUGAAAAGCUUCUGGUGUAUGAGUACAUGGAGAAUAAAAGUCUCGAUUCCUUUUUGUUUGACAAAACCAGAAAUCACUUACUAGACUGGAAGAUGCGCUUCAACAUUAUAUGUGGAAUAGCUAGAGGGCUUCUAUAUCUGCACCAUGAUUCUAGAUUAAGGAUUAUUCAUAGGGAUCUCAAGGUAAGCAACAUUCUUCUUGACAGUGAAAUGAACCCAAAAAUAUCAGACUUUGGUCUGGCUAGAAUUUUUGCCACAAAUCAGACAGAAGCAAAUACACUCAGGGUUGUUGGAACAUAUGGCUAUAUGUCUCCUGAAUAUGCUUUGGAUGGGAACUUCUCAGUGAAGUCUGAUGUUUUUAGCUUUGGAGUUCUUGUGCUAGAGAUCAUAACUGGAAAGAAGAAUAGAGGAUUCUACUACUCUAACAAAGAUAUGAAUCUUUUAGGGAAUGCUUGGAGGCAUUGGAGAGAAGGCAAUGCAUUAGAGCUUAUUGAUGAAUCAAUUAGUGGUUCAUAUUCAGCGUGUGAAGUUCUUAGAUGCAUACAUAUUGGGCUCUUGUGUGUUCAAGAACUUGCAGAUGAUAGACCAACAAUGUCUUCAGUGAUCUUAAUGUUGAACAAUGAAACUCCAUUAGUGCUACAACCUAGAAACCCUGGGUUUUGCCUAGGAAAGAAUCCUCCAAAGACUGAUUCUUCUUCAAGUAAUCAAGAUGAAACCUGGAGUGUGAACCAAGUUACAGUCACAUUACUAGAUGCAAGAUAAUGAAAAGAGCAUGACAUCAUCUGAUUUGCUGUAUAUUCCCAAAAUCACAAAAUUAAGGGUUGUUUAAAUUACCCUAGACACAAUUUGGGUUAAAUCACCCUAAUCCAAGGUGGACCUUUGAUAUUUAAGAUAAAUAGAUAAAUAUGAAAUUCAUAAUUCUCUUAUCUUGAAUGUCAUUUUUUUUAAGGCAACUUAUCUUGAAUGGCAUUGGUUCACCAAAGACUAGGGUUAUUUAACACAAACAUGCUUCUUGUUCCUAGCAUGUUCCUUUGUAUUUCUCUGUUUUGGAUAGCUCUGUUUAUGUCUAUGUGCUAGAGCUCUUCCAUUCUUUCUUCUCAUUGUAUUAAGGGUUGGAGUACCGGUCCCUUGUACUCCCUUUAAUGCAAUCUUUGGCUUAUGAAAAAAAAAAUUAACACAAACUUUACCUAAGGUCAUUUAGACAACUCAAUAAAAUGAUUAUGUAAAUCUUCAUGUUUCUGAUAGUUGAGACAUUUUUUAAAUA